AACCCUAAUGCACUUCAAAUCAUUAAACCCCAAAUAUCUCUACCUCUCUCCUUCUCUAAUGGAGCAGCAGCGAAAGAACCAAUUGUUACCGCUAAACUUAAACCAGAAGGAGAAGCAACAAACAGUAUGCGAACAAUGCAAAGAGAACCCAUCGAACUACAAAUGCCCAGGCUGCUCUCUUCGCUCCUGCAGCCUCCCUUGUGUCAAAGCUCACAAGGAACGCACUGGCUGUUCGGGCAAGCGGAAUCAGACCCAAUUCGUCCCUCUAUCUCAGUUCAAUGAUAAUCUGUUAUUAUCUGAUUACAAUUUGCUGGAGGAAAUGAAGAGGGUUGCUGAAUCUGCUCAAAGAAUGAGAACAAAAUUGUGUGCAUAUCCUCAUUUUAAGUUACCAGCUCAUCUUCGAAGCCUUAGGGGUGCUGCUGCAGGCCGCAAAACAAAGCUUCUUUUUCUCCCAAGUGGAAUGUCAAAGAGGGAGAAAAAUCAAUCUCGAUACAACCAAAGGAAGAAAUUUAUAUCUUGGACAAUUGAGUGGCGAUUUCACGCUACAGCUGUUGUUUUACUUGACCAUGGAGUACAUGAAGACAGAAACCUUUGCUCUAUAAUUGAGAAGCAUCUAAAACCUGGGCCUUGGAGUAAUCAGUUAACGCAAUUCUCUGAGGAGCAUCUGGAAUCUCUCAAAUUUUUUAUCCGUAAAUAUCCAAAGGGACCCAAGUCACUCUUUCAUGAGGUGGACAUAAAGGCCCCAUUGAGGCAACAAUUAGCAAAAGUAGUUAUUUUGGAGUACCCUGUUAUUCAUGUUUUUCUCCCUUCACACAAAAUUGAUUUUGAAGUUGUCAAAGUUGUGGAUCUUGUCAGUCAGAGACCUGACAAUAAGAAUUCUGUUCACAAUGAUCAAUCAAUCCCAAAAGGUGUUGUCUUCAAGGAAGAGGAAAUAGAAGAACAUCAUGGCUCUUCAGAUCCUCAGGUUUAUGAUUUCAUGAAGAAUAUAACUUUGAGUCCGCCGCAUGAAAUCCCUCAUCAUAAUGUGUCUGAGAAAGCAUUUGAUGGCUCGUCUAAUGGCUCCAUAUUGGCGAGAGGGACAACAGGCAAUGAUUCACAUUCCAGCUCCAAGAGCAUAGAACUAGGAAUUUUUGAUAUGGACUUCGAUUUCGACCCAGGCUUGAUAGAUGCAUACCCAGAUCUCAUUGGGGAAGUCAAUCCCGAUUACUUUCUUUGUUUGGACAGUGAAUUUCUCAAGGAAGAGAAGAUAGAGGAAAGCAAAGAUUUCCCAAGUUCACAGGGAAUUUUAUCACUGCAGGAGGAAGUAGAAGAGGGGGAAAUUGUGGAGUAAUUGAUACUCUGUAUCUGUGUCGCAAUUUUAUUGAUGUACCUUAAAGGAGCAGCUCCUUUGAAGUGUUUUUCGACUCUAGGUUCGGUUCUUCAAUCCUUUAAUAUUAAGGUUGCGGAGCAGAGUUCAUGUCUGAUUGUGAGGCACACAUGCAUGCCUGCAUAUGAAGCUUAUGGAUGCAAUCUGAAAUGUACAUUUGGACUGCCACAUCUAAUUACAUUGGAACAUAUGGUUUUGAUAUUGGCAGUCUGUUUUCAUGCUUCCACCUUUGGAAACUGCCUGCCUUCUUAAUAUGCUAGAGCUACAUAGCUGGUGAAACUAAGAUGUUGGUCAUCUUUCGUCUCCAGAUGUUCAAUGGUUUAACUAUUUUAUUCACUUCAGUUGCAAAAUUCCAUGGUAGAAAGCACUUGGUUGUCAUUCAAAAUAUCUUACUCUGUAUUUUUGAGCCAUGAUAUAUACGUAUACUGAUCAGUUGAUAUAUGGUGCUUGUAAAUUGAGUGCUAAAUAUUAAUAUAAUUUUAGAAUUUUAUUUCA